UUGCGGCAGGCCAUAAGAUUCAGUACGCGUUCGAGGUGGAGAACGGGCCCGAGGCGCGCAGAGACAUUUUGGUGAACUACACGAAGUGCGGCGGUGACCAUGGAGUAACCGAGAAAUACGUCAGGAUCGCUUGUCAUAUCAAGGCGGCCAACGCUGCGGAAUCAGCGGCGAGCGCUGUCGCCGAGGGCUUGGUUGACCCGCCGUCCCAGGACGGCCAUUUGCCGAGUUCGCCGAUAGUCCUUCUCAGCAACCAUUUGGUGAAGGAGCUGCAGCGGAAAGGAUUGAACUACUUGACUUACAGCGUGUUCCGAGCGUCUGCAACACCUCCCGGCGCUAGGCUGAAGGGUAACAAAGAAGAACAAUGGGAGUCGUUGAAAGGCAGCGACUUGUGGAUCGACGUCGGUUCCAAGGGCAAGGCGGAAGAUCGUCUGAUUCCGCGCGUCAAGACUCAGAGAGACGCUUCGAUUCUUUGUUCACGGCGGCCGCCAUGCUGCGAUGCGAUAUACCCGGAGCAUUGCGACGCAUCGGCGCUGGAGGCGGCGCGGUGUACAUCCAGAUUGGCCAACGAGAAGACUUUGGCAGGCGCGUUUAACGCGCUCGCAUCGGCGAUUGCUCCUGCGCGGGGGCGGCCAGCGAAGGGCGUCCUCGAGAGGAUCGAGAGUUUGGAUGAGAGGGCACAGAAGAUUUUGUCAAUGACAGAGACGUCGCAGCGGCUGCUUGACCGGAGUAAGAGGUCGGCCGACCUCGAGGUUAAGAGAAGGAAGUUGGCCUCGAAGCAGCCGAGCGUUGAGAAGUCUCCAACCCGCCAUACUGGAAGGAAAGAAACAGUCCCGCUUGACAGCUUCAAGAGCUACAGGCGCGCAGUGGAGUGGCCGUCUCGGCAGUACGUCAACGAGGAGCUCUCGGCGCAGGCCAUGGACCAACGAUUACAGCACGUGGUUUUUUCGAGCACUUUCGAUUUGGAUUUCGUGAACUGCGUUUUUUGUUUAUUGGCGCAGAUCAUUGAAAAGUUGGGGAUCAUUGACGCUCAGCUGUUCGCGGACGAGAUUGCUGCGCUACAGCGCGUUCGCGCAGAUCGAGAGGGCGUCUGCAGGGACGUCUUCAAAAUGUUGCCGUUCAAGGGCAAGCAAGUCUUGAUCAAGCUGAUAUGCGGCGGCGCUUUGCCGAAGGAAUUGUCCGAGAACGAGUUCGCCAAGAUGCUGGUGAGAACAGCGCGUUUCCUGCGUUGGCUAGCCGUGGGGCUGUGCCCGGAGCAGUUCAAGCUCCUAGAGUCCGCGCAGGACAAGUGGUCAGAGGCAUCGCUGGCCAGCUACAUGUGGCAAGGCGUUGAGGAUUAUUGUUUGGAGCAGUGGGUCGACUUUGUCAUGGAAGAGAAAGUCAGUCACGUAUCUUUGCAUUUCGACGGCCUGCGCGUUGACAAGGGGCGCGUCCUUUUGAGCCAGGCGGGCGGCGAUGCGCAGGCCACGGCAGUUUCGGACGCAGAGAAGGUCAAAUCCUUUUGCAAGACAUCUGAGGAACGGAUUCUUGCCACUACGGGUUAUUCCGUAAGCAUCAGGAACAAGGAGAGAUAUUAUUUUAUUGAUCUUCUCCGUGUGAGCGCAUUUGACGUUGAGCCUGCAGAUGCGCCGAGCGACGUCGAGGCGCUGUUCUCUGCCGGCAAUGGCAUCUUCUGCGCAAUGGCUGCGCUCGCGGGCAACUGGUCGGAUAUGUCGACGAAGGCCGCUGCCGCCGCAACGCCUCCCAGCGCAGCGGCGGCCUCGGCGGCCUCGUCGCCGCUGUUCUGGGCGCCGCCUCGGCGCUCGUAUCGGACAUGUGCGAGAGCGGCCAAUGUGAAGCUGUUGCCCGUGGAAGUGCCACAGGAAAGUUGUCCUGGGCUAUUCUUAGUGCACUGCGAGCCAGACGUUGCGCCGCUUUGCGUCGGCAUCGACGUGAAACAGCGUGGGCCGCACAAGUGCUACGUCGGCAGGGAGCGCUGGAGUCUGCCGGCCGGGGCGCUGGACGAGGCGGUGUUGGCGGCUCUCGAUCGGUGUAUGGUAGUGGCAUUUCAGAUGAAGCCCGCCGAUCGAGAUGACGAAGAUCAUCGAGAUAGUUCGUUGGAUGGCGCAUUGGAUUUAUUUGCGGGCGCCGGCAUCGAGGACAAUGUCGCCGCCGUCUGCCGCGCGCGCAGACGCCGCUCGCUCGCGGCGCGCGUCGCCGCAGGUAGCCCGAGCUCAGACCGCUCUCUGUCGCCGCCCUCGCCGGCCAGCCCAGCUGCGCAGCGGGGGGCGGCAGCUCUUCGCGAGCUCGGUUGUUCAAUUCGCGGCAUCGUGCCUUUUGACCGGCGACGUCUGACGUGGCACGGCAACUGCAUCCCGUUCGGCAUUGCGGCGCUCACUGGCGAUUGGGAUGGCGUCAUCGCAGCUGCGACUGUGGAUUCGGACGAGAACGCAGCAGCUAUGGCGAGCGGCCUUCGUCGAUAUAGUGACUGCGCCAAUCUCUUUGGCGUUUCAUUGCGGCCAGUGCCGACGACGGCGGUGGAGACACUUGGCCGAUUUCUUGUUCACGGAAAAGUUGCAGGCAGAGAACAUUGCGCAGCUGUCGAAGUAUUCGAGCACGGCGGCAGCAUCUUACACUCAGAAGGGUUAUCUUGGGACGUACCUCGAGGUUGUCUCGACGCUUGCUUGCGGAUUAUCCUCGACUUCGGCGUCGAGGCGGCGUUCGCUCUCGGCGGCGGGCAUUCGUCGACCCUUGGCGAUGACGUCGCUGCACGCGACGCCAUGGACAUGGUGGCCGGAGCCGGCGUCGAGGAGGAGGGGGCCGUUGACGUCGCGAACGCCGACGACGAGCACGCCGAGGAAUUGGAUGACGAUUCAUGCGUGCGCGUGCAUGCGAAUCUCUUGCAGCUUCUACGCGACGAGGUUACUGACUUCGAGAUGAUCGUGAAGUCGCUCUCUCGCACAGGCGCCACGAAGGACGGGAAUGGGAGCGUUGCAAGGUGCUUGCUUUGCCCAUUCAAAGAGUAUUCUACUUCGUCUGUAAACGUUAAGAGGGAUCUCCUUGCGCAUAUCGCGAAUCACCACGGCUUGCACAGAAAAUGCGAGAAUGGUAGAGAUCGUAAGAUGGGAUCAGGUCGGUACGUUGCUUCAGGCACUAAGCAGUGGAAAGUCAUCCAGGCGUUGUUUGACGACGACAUGUUAUCAAAGCAUCAACCGAAGAACUUGCUGCAGCGCAGUGCCGAUCUCAUGCGGCGGUCGGUGAGCCCGCCGUUGCGGUGUCUUGGUGUUGACAAGCAGAUUCGGCUGCUCCUUGACCACGACGGGCCCCGGUUUGUCAACUUCGAGGUUCUCGCGAGAGAUGGCGCGCUCCAAGCCAGGCGCGUGGGAAACACGUACUACACGAAGGAGUUCGCCGAGCUCGUCUUCCGCGAUUCCAUCUUGCACGAAGGUCGAGUGCGCCCGAUGAGGGCGAGGAUUGUGACGCGCUUUAAGGAAGCCGGCAGUUGCGUCGCGCACCUUCUACCAGGAAAGGUCGUUCAGUGGUUGUCGUUGAUGGAGGACGUAUUCUCGUCUCCGUUCGUAGAGGAAUUGCGAACCAAUCUCAUGGGCGAGUUGGUUGAUAAUACAGAGUUUGAGCACGUUUCGUUGGAUGCAACUCUGCGCGCUGCCAUGCGCGUGAAAGGCCAGGCGAACUACAGGGAACCGGCAGAGAUUCGAGCGGCGGCGCCGUUUCCAGACGGCGUUGCCAAGAGGCGCAUUUUGACUGCCAAAGGUCGCACGUCAGCCGCCAUUGGCAUGUGGCCCGUGGCCAGCGAAGCGGCAUCCGUCGUGCAGGCGGCUCUUCGAAAUCACUUGCCCGAGCGAGCUCUCCAGCAGUGCGUCUCAGUGGCAUCAGGUGAUCCGUCGGCGACAUUGUUUGCAGAGCUCAAGCAAAUCAUGCCUCAGCUCAAGUUUUUGUGCCUAGAUCCUGUUCAUCUCGCAAUUGUGUAUAAUCAGGCGCACUGGCGGAAACAUUCUCCGGGCCAGGCAGUUUUGCGAAUCAUUUUGAAUAAAUUCAAUAAAGUGAGCUCAGAUUUAAAUGGCGCCGCGUGGGGCGCCCCUUACACGGGCCACCAGGCUAGCUCGCUGUCUGCCGCCGAGGGCCGCGCGCAGUCGUUGAUAGCCGGCGGCGGCAUGCAGAAGCGCCGAGCGCACGAGAUCAUUGCAGAUCUCGACGCCAAUGAGCCAUUCGUGAGAAAAUUUGAGUUCAUCGAGGCAUUGGCGGCAUUGACGUCCGUCUACUGGGAAGAAGUGGACAGGUGGUUUAAGAACCAGCCGGAGUUGUACGCGCAGACUUUAGAGCUCCAGCUCGGCGUCAACGUAAUCGGCAAGCAAAUGAUGCAUAAUUCAGCUAUGUGCGCCCCCACUCUGCGCCAGCUGUCUUCGCAAACUGUCGCAGCUAGCGUGGUCUGCUCGUUUGCGAUAUCCGCCGCCGAGUGGGCAAAUCAUUGCGCUUCUCAGGCGCAGGAGCAGAGGGCGCCGCGGAAAGCGCAGCUUCCGCUGGCGCUGCAGCGCAAAGCCGCUGAGCCCCUGGCGAACAAGUGGAAGGUGGAUCACAAGCGCAUGGUUGUUGCGCGCAAGCCAGCAGGGCAACAACACUUCAUUCGCACCCUGAAGCGGCCGGGCGCAGCCAUGCAGCGCAAGCGCACCGCCGACCAGGGCACCGACCAGACCGCCGACAAGAGCGCCGACCAGACCGCCGACCAGAACACUGGCGCCAACACCAAGCCCGGCGCCUACGCCCCUCCUGGGCCGCCACCAACGCACCUGCGCACCGAACAGGGCGCCGACCAGAGCACCGACCAGGGCGCCGGCCAGAGCGCCGGCCAGAGUUACGACAAGGGCGCCGACCAGGCUGCCGACCAGAGCGAAGACCGGAGCGACGACGAGAGCGCCGACCAGAGCGCCGACCAGAGCGACGACAAGGGCGCCGACCAGAACGCCGACCACAGCGACGACCAGGGCGCCGACCAGAACACCGGCGCCAGCAACGCGCCCGGCGCCUACGCCUUGAGCUCGCGCGGACCGAGGCCGCCUCCAGGGCCGCCACCGGCGCGCCUGCGCACCGCACAAGGCGCCGACCAGAGCGACGACAAGAGCGCCGACCAGAGCGACGACCAGGGCGCCGACCAGAGCGACGACCAAGGCGCCGACCAGACCGCCGACCAGAGCGACGACCAGGACGCCGACCAGACGACCGCCCUGAGCUCGCGCGGCCCGAGGCCGCCUCCUGGGCCGCCGCCGGCACACCUGCGCGCCGAACAAGGCGCCGACCAGAGCAUCUUCGAGGGCGCCGGCCAGAGCGACGACAAGAGCGCCGACCAGAGCGACAACCAGGGCGCCGACCAGAGCGACGACCAGGACGCCGACCAGACCGCCCUGAGCUCGCGCGGCUCGGGGCCGCCUGCAGAGCUUCUGCAGCAGGGAGACUUCUGA